GCCAUGCAGAAUUACGUAUCCAUAACCCCCAAACGCUCACAAGACACCACGGAUGUUGGGGCCACCUCCUCGGCGGUACUAGCAUCCAAGCGACGUCGUGUUGGUGUUUCGAUAGCCUGCAACGGCUGCCGCCGCAAAAAGACCCGGUGCGGUGGCCAAAGACCAGUUUGUUCAGCUUGUGAGAAUACACCGAGCGAUUGCGUGUACAGGGAUGUUUCUGCAAUAUCGGAAGAGUCCCAAUCGCUACUUCUCGAAGUAAUUCGCCUGAUGAACGCACUUCCGGACGAUGAAAUCUUGGACAAAUUAAAGAGUCUGAGAAAAGAGGGUGCUGCUUCCGCUGUCCUCUCCAGUCUAAGAGACAAAGCUGGCACUCUGCAGCAUUCUGAUCUCAACUUCGAAGCGGCAACGAUGAGCGAUGCAUUUCAAUCUUUGGAGCUAGGAGAUGAGUAUCAAAAUGCAUAUCCUAAAACACCAACUCUAAGCCUAGAAACCCUAGAAGAGGCCACGUACCAGCAGCUUAUACAUACAGCGGGGAAAGAUUCGGGUACUGAGGUUAUACAAGGCACGACACAGCACGAAGCAGUACCCGGACUUCGUCUUUGCGACAGUCGUCUCGCCCAAUUAGAUAUAAGCAAUUGGACGAAUAUAAUAAUUAGUAAUGAGUAUGCUGCUCGUACAAUCUCUCUAUAUUUGGAAACAGAUCACCCCCUCUUGGGAUUCUUCGAGCCAAAUUUGUUUGUAGCUAGCCUCACGGCGGGCAAGACGGACUACUGCUCCCCGAUGCUCGUUAACGCGCUUCUCUAUUGGGCAUGCCAGCUGAAUAGUGCUCAAGACCCCGAUAGUGGCUCACUGGCACUUCGUUUCUGCACCGAGGCGGAGUCGCUCUGGGAACGCCAACGCAGUUACGACUCAAUACUGAAUUUAGCAGCCGUACAAUUUCUGAGUUUAGGUUACUUGGGCCAGGGUAGAGAUCACGUCGUCUUGGCAUAUCUCAACGAAGCGUCCCAGAUGGCUGUCCGGAUGGGCUUCUUUGGGAUUGGGGCAAACCACAAACAACAACAAAUCGAGCUCAUGCCAGAACCAGCAAAGACUGCGCAGCUGUACGCGGCUUGGGGAUCAUUCAAUUGGAUUACUCACAUGUCUCUAUUUUACCGCCAACCAGGCCUACAAUGCCCCAAGAUUCCUCCUAAACUACCUAUUCCUUGGAAUCACCAACCAGAUGUAACAGGAGAGCCCGAAAACUCAGACAAUCCCCAAGUCGAACCUGAUCCCCAGUAUAUGGGAGGGGUGUUCCCUUAUAUCUGUCAAUUCUGGUCCAUAUUACAUGAACUAGCUCUAAUGUACAGGCAUAAAGGACCACUCACGGGCGACCAGAGAACUCUCUACUUUGCCGAAUUCAAGUUUCGUGAACUGUUAGCCUGGAGCAACCGCCUGCCGCCAAAACUAUCGCGGAACGACCAAAGCCCGCAUUAUGUCCAAAUUUUACACAUAUGGCUCCAUGCCGCCAUCCUCGACUUGUUUAGGUUUUCAAUGUCUAGCGAUAUAAAGAAUCAGCACCUGAAAACCUUCACCAGUCCUCAUUGCACUCCGGAAAAUGUGUGCAUCGCAUCGGCUCGCCAGCUUAAACAGCUCAUUAUAAAUUAUAGGCUCAACUUCGCCUCAUCAUCUUACACGAUACUAUGGCAUACGGCUUUGACUUACUUGGCCAACGCCGUUCUUCUCCACCCCAAGGACGAACACUGGUUCUUUUACUUCCUACUCUGUGUCUAUGGAUACGAACGACUUCGACCGUGUUGGCGUGUUACACGAGCCAUCUCGACAGCCCUCUUAUCGAUGGCUUUGCGUAAAGGAGACAUCACAAGCUCAACUGCGCGGCAAUUGCUACACGAUAUUAAUGGCAACAACAGUGGUUAUCAGCUACCAGGAGAGGUUAGAGCAACAUUCAUGAUGGACUUGAAUCUGGCAAAAUCUGAUCCCGAAUCUGCAACGGUUGAAAAGAUAGCGCAGGAUUUUGACCAGAAUCUUUUGCUUCAACAGUACACAAAUAUCUUUGACAAUAAACAAUAGAAAAGGGGGUUUCGGCUUGGCAGGUUAUUCCAGAAAUAAAUUGGGCCCAGUUGUCAGAAUGGCCUUCACCUUAAC